AGGACACGGAGACGGACACCAACCUGGCCGCGUUCGGAAAUUCCAUGGAUCGAACGUAGAACGUCGAUACGAACGGACCUUUUCCGUCAAGAAUUUGGAAUCCGAAUUGGAGACGUCACCGGUCUUGGUCUUUCACCAUGGGUUAGCUACUUAAACACAACAGACCGAUUGAGUUGUAAAGGGGCAAAACCCAUCGAUACACCACAGCAGGAACUUCCGACGACACCAUCCAUCCAUGGCCAUGGGCAACUCCCGACGACGUCACAUUCACAAAAAGAAAAAGGAGAAGCGGAGACGAGCCAUUGCGCUGGCGGCCAAGGACGCGAUGAGGGGGGUGGCGGUGCUGCGGAGCUUGGACGGCGUGGAGCUGGCGGUGCCCAACGCCGAGGCGUGCCGGUACGGCGCCAAGGUCGAGGAAGACAUCAGGUUCCACCACGCCUGCGGCAGAACGUCCGGAAGCAGCUACCACAGAAAGGGCUGCUCCACCAUCCAUCUCGACGUCCAGUCUGACAUCCUCUUCAAGGUCAUCCACUGCUCCAACCAGCAAACCCACAAUCCUGACUGGGACGGCAGCAAGUUCGUCGCCAGCCUCGACCACGCCACCCUCUUCGACCUCGUCCUUGCCGCCGAAUCCCUCCGGAACCAACCCCUUCUCGACCUCACCUGCCACACCGUCACCGACAUGAUCCGCGGCAAGUCGCCGGCACAGAUCCGCGCCAUGUUCGGCAUCAGGCCUCCACCACCACCCACACAUGGCAGGACAACAAAGAAGCUCGCCACAUCGGAUCAGAAGCCCACGACGACGUUAGAGCUCGAGGAGAGAGCGCUCAGGGCUCUCCACGCGGUUCGCUGCCACAAGUACACCAUAUACGACCCCAAACACCAUUGCUUCCUGUAUACCCGGUUACUACACUUCAACAACUACGCUUUCUUUGACCACGACAAAGAAUGUGAGCUUCGCCGUGGACCCGCGCUUCACGAGAUACAUCCGCCGGUGUGCGAGUCCGUCGUCUUUUCAGGCGUCAACUUCAUCUCCCUCAAGGUGUGUGAGUCCGACGUGGGCUUCCCCAUCAACGUGUUCGGUACCGUCAUCGCAAGGGACGAAGUCGACUAUAAGUGCGUCUACCUCUUCAGGCGCGAAGUGGAUGAUUGCCAGACCAUCACCUCGCCGGAUGGUAUGUUAACUUUGAUGGAUCCAUGCCGAGGGCUUGUUCCCGAUGAUAGUGUUUAUUUGGAAUUCAAUCUAAAGACCAAGUGUGAUGGGGGUGCAAUCAAAGACUUCAGCAAAGGCGUGACAGAAUUCAAUAGUUGCCGCCUCUACUAUGAGAACGAGAGCAGGACCGUGCGUCUAACAACCUGGCUGAGUACUGUGGAAUUGUUGUGUGCAGGCGUAUUCAACCCCGUCGAAGCCUCCAUUGCAAUCAACAUUCUCAAAGGGACAUGUGAUCUCACAAGAUUAGCUGCUUGGCAUACUGGAAAUACCGAGGAUCACAUCAUUCUAUAUGACAGCGGACUAGCUGCAAGCAAUCAGGCGACAACUAAAAUGUCUAAUUCUAUUGCGUUAGCUCGCCGUGUGGUAGCUGUUCCACUGGAUGAAAAGCUGGUUCUCCGUUUUGUUGUUGAUGAUGAUGAUGAAACCGAGGACCUUCUCCUCAUUCUAGGACCCUCUAAUAAUGAACACAAACAUGUGUUCAAGAUGAGUUGCUGCGAGCUGGAGGUGAGAGUUGCUUGGACAAUUGUCCCCAAAAAAAGGAAAAGGUGCAACAAGUGGGAGGUUAUUGGAAACCAACACUUGUUACUAUGA